UUUUUUUCCCUUUAGUUUCUCUUCAUUGCCGACCUGUAUGUUUGUUUUGUUUUAGAAUUGUUGUUUCGUUUAUUGUUUUAGCAAUUAAUUCGAUAUCUGUAGUCGCUAUUGGCUAUGGAUUCAUGGUUGCUCAUAAUUCCCUUCGCGAUAUACAUGCUGUUUUUGGUCUGUUAGGUACAUACGUAUAAUUUUGUGGAUUUAUAAUUUAAGACAAUUUUGUGAAAGCAGUGUGGUGACGGCUUCGUGUUGGGUUCAUUUUGGAAUCUUAUGGAUUUGGUUGUUACCACUAUAGCAGUUGGAAUUCUCAGUUUGGCAAACAGCCGUGUUAGUAUAUCAUCCUUUAAUUUUGUUUUAAUCUAGUUUCUUAGAUGAUUUAUAGCAUAUAGUGAUUUAGAAUUGUAGAUAAGAAUCAACUAAGUACUAUUGUUAAUGUGUACGAAAUGAUUAGGGAGACUGUGUCUGUCACUUUUGAAAACAAACAUCUCAACUCCACCGACUUAGGAAUUAUCUAGAUGGCUUGAAUUGCAAUACAUUAAUCAAAGAGGUUUCCAGAUUUUGCAUCUGCUUGAUAUUUGAUCAAGCAACAAACUAUUCCGGAAUGCUCCAGCAAGUUUAACACAGUGAGAUUUGCCGCCAUUGGUUUCCUAUGAAUGACAGGUUCGGGGUUGAUUAAGAAGAAGGGUUUAAAAGGAUCUCUUGCAGAUGCUGGGUCUUCUGCCAAGACAUUUGCAAUUUUAUCCGGAGUACACAGUUUGGUCGUCUGCUUUUUGAAGAGAUUGCGUGGAAAAGAUGACAUUAUAAAUGCAGGAGUAGCUGGAUGCUGCACUGGUCUUGCUCUAAGCUAUCCGGGUGCACCACAGGCUCUCCUUCAAAACUGUCUCACUUUUGGGGCCUUCUCCUUUGUAAUUGAAGGUCUCAACCAAAGACAAUCAGCAAUGGCCAUGCCGUUGUCGACUAGCGCAAGGAAGCGACAAGACUAUGGGACACUUCCUCCUCUGGCUAUUCCCCUGGCCAAGGAACUCAAGGAGUCCUUUUCAUCAUUUUGCCAGGCUAUAGGAAAAGAAGUCGCUGCCCCGCGCCCAUGGUAACGCCUUGUAGGGAGUUUUCAAGCAGAAAUGUCAAUUGCAUUCCCAUAGUGACCGAGGCUUCAAACUUCACCUUGUCAUCUCUAAAGAGCUCAACUAAAUGAAGGUUUCGGUUGGUGGUAGAUAAAAGCUUUGUUUACUUGCUCAGUAAGACUGCAUCACCUACGUUUAAAUGCUUGAAUAUGUACAACAAUUUAUUUUUACUAGCUAAUGAAAAUUGUCGCCACGUCUCUGCCAA